AUGGCGAUGUUACCUCUCAUAGCAAUUCCACUUGAAUUAUUGAUUGGGGAAUCUGAAGAUCCACUAUCGGAUAUGGUUGAUUUUGUGUACCCGAAUAUCUUGGAUCAUAUUUUAGAUCAUGCUUUCUACAAAGAACGUGCAAUUUUAACUCCUAGUUUGACAUAUGUUUCCAUCUUAAACGAGCGCCUAAUGUCUUUGAUUCUAGGAGAGGAAAAAACAUAUUUGAGUUCGGAUAAUGUGAUGAAGCAGGAUGCUAAUUCUCAACUUGAGGACAACGAAUUCUCACCUGAUAUUUCAAAUACCUUCUCAUGCUCGGGUCUUCCUGAACAUAAAUUAACUCUUAAGGUUAAUGUGCUAGUUAUGCUGUUUAGAGGUUUAUGCAAUGACACAAGAUUGCUUGUUUCAAGAUUAGGCAGUCAUGUUGUUGAGGCAACUGUUUUUACAUGA